UUCAGGGCUGUCAAAACAGUUAUCCCAAUAUAUAUUCACUAUAUUUACCCAAUGAACCGACACAACUGUACAAGCAAUUCAUUCAAGCAAAGCAUUCAACAUGUCCUCCGGCUCAUCCAAUAUUGAUCCCAACGAAUUCAAUGAGAGCAAUGGGGGAAAUGCUGGCAGCUCGGAUUGGGCGGCUCAGGAGGUGUCGAGAGCAUCGCAGCGAUCGGGGCAAUCGAGGGGCGCAAGUGGGCAUAGUCGACGCAUCAGGCAGCGGAUGCUGACGCCAGGGAUUGGCAAUCAAUAUCGCAUCUGGGUCUAUCAUCCGAUAAGUGAGCCGCACCCGAAUCGUCAUACCCUCAAUCGCAUCAUAUUCUCGAUAGCUCGAGCCUUGCGCACCCGUCGCUCUGUCCCGCCCCAGCCGGGCCUGCGUCCCGGCGUGAUCUACAGACGAAACGCUGAUAUGAUAACCAUUGAUGUGGAGCGCAAGUAAGUGCUGCUGAUCUCAGACAAAACUAACGCCUAAUCUCUCUCUUGCUUU